GCAGCCAGUGGGAGGCUAGUGAGCAGCUAGCCGUGUAGCCCGGACCUGUCCAGUGUCAGCCUUGUCAUGCGGGGAUUUUAUCUAACCGAUUACACAAUGGCUUUGGGUGUCAUUUGACUGACGACUAGCGUUCGUGUUGGCGAGCGAGCAGCUUGGCUAGGACUGUAGAGAUUUGCGUGACGGGCUGGGAUCUGACAUUUGGACACGGUUGCUAGCCAGCGGGGGUGUCAUUUUGAGACUGCGUGCCCUUCGCUCCAGGCGUCACACAUAUUGGGAAUAUGUGCCUGCUUCUUAAUGUAACGUCUUUUUUCUCCUAAUUUACCAACCGUCCGGACUCUUUGUCGGUCGCCUAUCGGUUUGUAAUACACGCUAUUUGUGAAAUUGUAAUCUUUUGAAAAGGACGAAAUAUUAUUUUUGUAGUUUUGCGUUGUAACCUCCGAAAAUUGUGUGAAAGGUCACGGCUAAAGUCGGUUGGAAAUGGCCGUGGCGGGAUUUUGCUAGUGAAGUAAUUUUGCUCCUGUUCAUAGAGUAAUCACAGUUUUCUUGAAGAGUGUCCCAAUAAGUCAAGUGCCAUGUCUCUAGUUUUCCCACGACCCAACACCAACGUAAUCCACGGCAAGAAGGAUAAGAGACUAAUGGCGGAGGUGAACGCGUCGCCGCUCAAGCACUUUGUCACAGCCAAGAAGAAGAUCAACGGUAUCUUCGAACAGCUGGGAGCGUACAUCAAGGAGAGCUCGUCCUUUCUAGAAGACACUCACAAGAAUGAAGAGCUGGACCCAGUCACCACAGAGGAGCAGGUCCAGGAGGUUCGAGGUUACCUCGCCAAGGUGGCCGGGAUUGGAGAGGUGCUCGCUCGCAGACACAUGAAGGUGGUCUUCUUUGGGAGGACGAGCAACGGGAAGAGCUCUGUGAUCAACGCCAUGCUGUGUGACAAGGUGCUGCCUUCGGGUAUUGGACACACCACCAACUGCUUCCUAAGGGUGGAGGGAACCGAUGGCAACGAGGCCUUCCUCCUCACUGAGGGCUCCGAGGAGAGGAAGAGCAUCAAGACGGUGAACCAACUCGCCCAUGCUCUUCACCAGGAUGAGGACCUGGAUGCCGGCAGCUUAGUGUGUGUGAUGUGGCCCAAAGCCAAGUGUGCUCUGCUAAGAGAUGAUCUGGUCCUGGUCGACAGCCCAGGAAUUGACGUGACCACAGAGCUGGACAGCUGGAUUGACAAGUUUUGCCUGGAUGCUGAUGUGUUUGUUCUGGUGGCAAACUCAGAGUCAACGCUGAUGCAGACGGAGAAGUCAUUCUUCCACAAGGUCAACGAGCGUCUCUCCAGUCCCAAUAUCUUCAUCUUGAACAACCGCUGGGACGCCUCGGCCUCAGAGCCUGAGUACAUGGAGGAGGUCCGCAGGCAGCACAUGGACCGCUGCAGCAGCUUCCUGGUGGAUGAGCUGGGUGUGGUGGACCGAGCCCAGGCCGGCGACCGCAUCUUCUUUGUCUCCGCCAAGGAGGUCCUCCAGGCUCGUGUGCAGAAGGCCCAGGGCAUGCCUGAAGCAGGCGGUGCCCUCGCAGAAGGAUUUCAGGCCAGAAUGUUUGAGUUCCAGAACUUUGAGAGGCGGUUUGAGGAAUGCAUCUCCCAGUCUGCGGUGAAGACCAAAUUUGAGCAGCACACUGUGAGGGCCAAGCAGAUAUCUGAAGCCCUGCGCCUCAUCAUGGACUCUGUGCACGUAGCUGCCCAGGAGCAGAGGAUCCACUGCCUAGAAACCAGGGAGGACCGUCAGGACCGCAUGGAGUUCAUCGACAAGCAGUUGGACCUGUUGACCAUGGACUGCAAAGCCAAGAUCAAGAAGAUCACUGAGGAAGUGGAGAGACAGGUGUCCAACGCCAUGGCAGAAGAGAUCAGGAGGCUCCACGUGCUGGUGGAUGACUUCCACCUGGACUUCCACCCCUCACAGGUGGUGCUCAAGGUCUACAAAAAUGAGCUCCACCGGCAUGUAGAGGAGGGUCUUGGCAGGAACAUGUCAGAGAGAUGCUCCAGCGCCAUCACCACUGCUCUGCAGGCCACCCAGACUGAGAUGAUCGAGGGUCUGAAGCCGCUGCUGCCCGGCGCAGUCAGAGAGCAGGUAGACAAGCUGGUGCCUCGCCAGUGCUUCAGCCUCAGCUACGACCUGGCCUGCGACAAGCUCUGCAGCGACUUCCAGGAGGACAUUAGCUUCCACUUCUCCUUGGGCUGGACUAUGUUGGUCAACCGCUUCCUGGGGCCCAAGAAUACCCGGCGGGCCCUCAUGGGCUACAAUGACCAGGUUCCUCGGCCUUUGGCUCUGACUCCAGUUAGCAGCAGCAUGCCUCCAUUCCCCCAGGGCGCCAUGACUCAGGAGGAGCUCAUGGUCUCAAUGGUGACUGGCCUCGCCUCCCUUACCUCCCGCACGUCCAUGGGCAUCAUUGUGGUCGGCGGUGUGAUCUGGAAGGCGGUGGGCUGGCGUCUCAUCGCCCUGUCGGUGGGCCUGUACGGGCUGCUGUAUGUGUACGAGCGGCUCACCUGGACCACCAAGGCCAAGGAGCGAGCCUUCAAGAGGCAGUUUGUUGACUACGCCAGCGAGAAGCUGCAGCUCAUCGUCAGCUACACCGGAUCCAACUGCAGCCACCAAGUCCAGCAGGAGCUGGCAGGUGUCUUCUCCCAGCUCUGCCAGCAGGUUGACGUCACGCGCCAGAACCUGGAGGAUGAGAUCAAUGACAUGAACAGCAAGAUCGAGCUGCUGGACUCGCUGCAGAGCAAGGCCAAGCUGCUGAGGAAUAAGGCGGGUUGGCUGGACAGCGAGCUCAACAUGUUCACGCAGCAAUACCUCCACCAGGGCCGGUAAAACCACUGGACACAAGAUCCUGUGAAGACCUAGUGUCGUUUGUCAGUGCAACAGAUAACUAGUUUCUUUUAACUAGACGACCGUUUCCUCUCUAGUUAACACUUCUUGCUUCCUUCAUUUGAGGAGAACGACUUCUCAGCGGUGUUCUAAAUAGAAAAGGGGAAAUUCAUUUGAUACCAAAUAUCCCUCUGCCACGUUUAACCUGUCAUGAAGAGAAUAGAUGAACUGUCUUUGUUUUUGUAUGUUUAAUUUAAUGUCAUGCCUUUUGAACACAGAGGUUAAGUGCCACCCCGAAUUUAAGGCAGUCAUAAUGAGGGAAUGGAAGAAAAUAUCAUAUGUAUAUAGGGUAAUAUAUCUCAUGAGAGACAUGCAAGGCUAUUUAUUCCUCCAAGUGUACUACUGUGUUUGGCUAGGUGAAAAAUCCAGUCGCGCUUCAGAGUCUGGAGCAGCGUUGGCCGUCAGACCUGACCCCGCAUGAUCAGGUUGUCCCAGAAAAGGUUGGAGACGGCGGCCAUUUUGAAUGCACUUGCCUUUGAUUAUAGGCUAUUCCAUGGUCAUGCUCACAUUGUUUGUUUUUCUGUCGUCAUAAAAAAGUGACUAAAAAUAAAACACGAUUUACCGUCAGAUGGUUUUGCAGCACUUAGGUUGAACUAUCAACACCAAUUAAUCGUAGUGUGUCCUUACACACUACUCCUACACACUAGCUAGAUUUUUCUUGUUGCAGAGGGUUCUGUCAUUUGGCUGUGAGGGAUGUGAGGAUGGACGUGAGGUUAGUCAUGUAACUCUGACCGGGCAGAGAUCGGUCAGGUCCUGAUGGCAUCGGAUCUAGAUGUUACCUGUUAAGAUUUUCUCCGACUUCUACAUUUCUCUGAGUGUAGUUCCUUCGUUGUUACAGAUGUUGAUAAUGGAGUGACACAGGCUGAACAGGCUGAAGGACUUAUACAGACUCGUUUGCUGGAUGUUAGGUUUUAACUGCUCCAUAUGUAGAGGGUUUUAUUUUGAUGAAACAUUGUUGUGUCUAAUAGUUGUGAAUAGAGUAAAAUUUGCAUCCGCAAAUCCUGGCAAACAAAAUGCAACAAAUAAAAGAACAAUACACCUUUUUAAUAUGAUGAGAUGUUAGCACUACCAACUGAAACGCCUGAAUAUCCAUGAUUGCCUCUCAGAGCCUCAAUGUCUUCACUACUCCAUUUUUCCUUUUCUGUGUGGAGUAGUUUGGUUUGGCUUAUCAUAUGCAGUACUGCUGCCACCUAACAUUUGGCCAUAUCUGUUGAUUAUGGCCCACAAAUAAGUGAAUUUAAUCUACAUUAAAAAAACACACACAUGCUUAUUUAUGCAGCAGUGGGCAAAUCCAGGCAUACAUAAGCUUAUGUUAAAUUUCACAAUUGGCUUCUCAAGAAUAUAGUGUAUGGCGAUGUGUAUGAUUUCAUGUCACUUGCCUAUGAGAAGGCAAUGUAAAAACUCAGUAGUGCUAAAAGAGUGGAAACCACAUCACUGUGUGUGUCUGUAUUUGACCGCUAAACUCUGCUGUUAAAACAGCUUUUUGUUUCUCAUCGGACGAUAAAAUAAAGCCAUACAUCUGCUGGGUUGUGCCAAGUUAAGUUGGAAGAUGGCUGUGAGACACUUCUGUCAGAGUGAAGACGUGCACUUUAUAUUUUUGCUGCUUUUGUUUUGUUUGUGGCUUCUUUUGUUUUCCUUUUUUUCUAAUAAAACUCCUUACCCCCCUAAAUGUAAAGUGACAACGUCGACUGUUGAGUUACACAUCAGGAGGGUCGAGCUUGUGCGUGUACACCUGCAUGCAGUGACUGUCAGAGUUUGUUGUCCUGUUAGUUAUCCUUGUAAAAUAAAUCAAUAAAUAAAGGUGACAUAAUGGUAA